AUGUUAGAUGCUGGCGAAGAACGAAGAGCCCUUGAGCGACCAUUGUACGCAGCCAUAAGUCACAGUAGCAACGCUCCACAACGACGGACAACUCGCACACCUUUAUCGGAUCAAAUACGGCAACUGAAAACGCAGCUUAGUGGAGAUCUUGGUAUUGGCACACGGGAGGUACUUGGCAGGACUACAUGUGAUUCAGCACUCAAUGAUAUCUGUCUGCGGCACGUGUCUUGUCGGCAGUUAUGGCGUCUGUUCCGCUCCAGCUGUGGAGUAGACGAAGACAACCGCUGCACCAUGACGGAUCGCGAAACAUGUUGGCAGUCUUUCGAAGGACUUUCAUGGACUGGCUUGGGAAAAUGUCAUUGUGAAUCGUCAAAUUCUGAUUGCCACUGGAUCCGUCUGCACACGAACUACAACAAGUGCAUUCGUGAGUUCUCAGUUCUCAAUGCCGAAUUCCCUAUACACUAA